UCUAGGUGUGCCCUCACUCAGUCAUUUCAGUGAUCAGGAUGUACGGGCUGCUCUGUGAAAGUCUACAUGACUUCAUCAAAGAAUCUUACGGGGACGAUGUGUGGAAGCUGGUGCGAGAACGGGCUGAUGUCAGGCUUCACUCCUUUGUAACUCAUGAGGUUUACAGUGAGAGUGUGAUUCCUCGUAUCGCCAUGGCAGCCAGUGGAGUCACUGGGACCCCCUACAGUGAGCUGAUGAACUCGUGGGGAGUCUACUUCCUGGGCUUUGUGGGGAAAUAUGGAUAUGACCGGAUUCUGAAGGUUCUAGGCAGGCAUGUGCGUGACUUUGUGAAUGGUUUGGACAAUCUACACGAGUACCUGCGCUUCAGCUACCCCAAGGUCCAGCCCCCAACCUUCUUCUGUCAGGAGGAGUCAGCUACAGGAGUCACCCUUCACUACAGGAGCAAGCGGAAAGGUUAUCUUCACUAUGCCAUGGGUCAGCUACGACAGAUGGGAAAGCAAUUCUAUGACACCGAUAUUCAUGUGGAAGUGCUGUCUGAACAAUUGGUGGGUGAUUACUCACACGUCACCAUGAGGUUGAACUUUGAUAACUCAGCCUAUCGUUACAUCCAGAAAGAGGACACUGAUGAGGAGGAGAUGCUGCCAUUCACCAGUGAUUUUUUCUUUGAAGUUUUCCCUUUCAACAUUGUUUUCAGACAGAGUGAUGAGGAAGAAUCCCUGGCAGCACUGAGUGACCUCCUGGAGGUUGAGGUCCUAGCGGAUGAUUCGUCCUUCCUGUUGAUGGAUGGGCCGAAUGAAGUCUCUGUUGUCUUUUUAGAAGAAUCAGUUGUUCUUUUAGUGCCUGAGCAGCAUUCCGAUCUUAGUUCCAUUGAAUUUGCCAAUGUAUUGUUUACUUUAUCUCCUGUUGUCCAUGAAGAGUUUUCCACUGAGGAUGCUUUAUCUGAGUCCAGAUCAGAGUCCAGAGAGGAUCACACUAUUCAAGAGCUGUUCAGACAUCCUACAACCUAUUCUCAGCUUCCCAGCUAUGCUGACAGCAAUGCUGAUAAACUGCUGUCCUAUUCUGCAGAUCAAGAUGUUCUACCAGAUGCUGGGAAAAGCCCUCAAGAUAUGGUUGUUCACAAUGUGGGAUCGGGAUUAGCCACAGUCUUCCCAGACCUGGAUGGCAAGAUGAUUACUGAUGCAUUCCUGCUGGCCCGGCCACUCGUGGAGUUUACCUGGAAUAUGAUCAUCUCUCACCCGAACAACCUGUUUGAAAUCAUCUCGAAAGAACCCGUGAAAAGGGAAAGGAACCUACACAACAGAAGUGAACAGUGGAGACUGAGUGAGGAGACGGAUGGGGAUGGGAGUCGCUGUCUCAGGCUGAAGGGACAGAUGAGAUUCAUGCCAGAAUGGGAAUCCAUCAUCUUCCUUGGCACACCAGUGAUGGAGAGUCUUGGCGCCAUGUUUAAGACGGGUUUGUACAUCAAUGACCUCAGUAUGCAUGAUUCCAGUCGUGACCUGGUUCUUGCAGGGACCCAACAGUCUGAGGAAUUGAAACGGGCUCUCAUCCAGGAGCAAAAGAAGUCGAGUAAACUUGAGGAGAGUAUGAAGAUGUUGGAUUACGAGAUGAAGAAGACAGAUGACCUUCUGUACCGAAUGAUUCCUAAACCCGUCGCCAAGAGUCUCCGGAAAGGAUUGCCUUCCGUUAACACAUGUGAGGUCUUCCCAGAUGUCACCAUCCUGUUCAGUGAUGUGGUUGGUUUUACUCGCAUUUGCAGUCACAUUACUCCGAUGCAAGUGGUUUCUAUGCUGAACACAAUGUACACACUGUUCGAUACUCUGAGUGAGAAGCAUAGGGUUUUCAAGGUGGAGACUAUUGGAGAUGCCUAUAUGGUAGUUGCAGGAGUUCCGGAGAAAACCAAAUAUCAUGCGCAUAACAUCUGUGACAUGGCUCUGGACAUGGUACGGUCAAUCGACCACCUGAAAGAUCCAUCCACUGGGAGCAAUAUCCAAAUCCGCGUUGGUGUUCACACUGGUAUGGUUGUGGCAGGUGUGGUGGGUCACAAAAUGCCACGGUUUGGACUCUAUGGAGACACAGUCCAUUCAGCAUCAGCCAUGGAGAGUAACGGCAAGUUCUGA